AAAUUCUUGAGAAAACAUACAAGAAAGAAAGAGGAUAAGUGAUGGAAAUAGGAGGACAGGGAAAAACCCUUGCUUUUCAGGAUUCAAUGGAUUGAUGGUUUUGCUGUAUCAUAAACUGAAAGUUCAAAAGCGUGAAUCGUUGGAUCCGUAGAAGCGGAGGAAGGCCGCCCAAAUCCUCCGUCUCCGGCCGCUGCUAGAGCGUCUCCCAGUUUCCCACUAUUUCUUCUGGAGAAGAAUUGCCUCUUCCACGUACGCACGUACUAUGCGAUGAGAGGCAACUGUAGUAGCAGUGUGUAAGACUGAGGGGGAUUCUUGUUGGAAAUAAAAGGGAAAGGACAAAAACAAGAGCUUGCACUCUGUAGAGAAAAUGCUACAAGUCAUGUCUGCAAGCACUCUAACAACUUCUGGAAGCAACUGCAUAUGUGGAUAUACCCAUUUAUUGAGAAGGCAUUUCAGGCUGAUGAAGGGAAGUUGCUUCACCUUUGGCGUUGACAGAUCAUGCCUUUGGUAUCAACGUGCUCGGAGCUUACCCUUCAUUGGGCACUCAGAUAUGUUAAGAGAACAAAGUUGGAAAGUUGAAGCUGGAUGGCUUUUUAAAGGAGAUGACCAGGGUCUGAAUGCAAGCUCAGAGCAAAGUGAAAGUGCCAAUGAGGAUAUAUUGAUUUUCUUUUUCCAGCUAGAUUUGUCAACCCAAGUACAGCGUGCUCUGAACUUGGAGGAGUAUGAAAUUGCUCAACAACUGAGAAACAAACUUACAGAGGUUGAAACAGAGGUUAUUAGACAGCAAGAAGAAAGAAGAGGAUCAGCCUCAAAGAGCGAAGCCCAGGACAUUGCUAUAAAUAUGUUACGCCUGCGUGCUGACUUACAGAGUGCAAUUCAAAGUGAAAACUAUCCUUUGGCAGCUGAAUUGCGGGAUAAGAUUUCCAAACUUGAGGCAGAGUCACUGGCUGCCUCAGCAAAAGCUCAACUUUAUGAACAUGCUCAGUAUGCAUUUCGUUUGGGCCAGAGAGUGAAGCACAAGCUGUUUGGAUAUCAAGGCAUUAUUUGUGGGAUGGAUCCUGUUUGCUGUGAAUCAAGUUCAUGGAAGGAAAUUGCACAGGUCGAUAAGUUGUCUCGUGGUCCUGAUCAACCAUUUUAUCAGGUCUUGGUUGAUGUAUAUGCAAACCCCAACUUACUAGUGGCAUAUGUUGCUGAAGAAAAUUUGCUGCCCCCUGAUAAACCAGACAUGGCCAGGUUUGAUCAUCCCUACAUUUCGUUUCUAUUCUAUGGCAUGGAUGCAGCUGGAGAUUUCAUCCCGAUCAAGCAGCUUCGCGACAAGUACAACAGGCCUCGGCAUGAGGUGCCCUAUGAUCCACCAGAAGACAACGGGAAAGAUGCCUAAGUCAGUUUCCCUCAUCUCUGCAAGCGCCAAAUGUGUCCAUAUAUAAGAAGAAUAACUUCUUGCUAGCUGCCGUGUAUGUGACCUAAAUAGCUUGAUCCAUGGAUGUGUGCCAAAUCCUUUUGGAAGCUUUGUCAUGAUUUGAUGUAAAUCAUGAAAAUUAAAACCUGUAUAUAGCAACACAAUUGAGUUGAAUGCUCUCGUGGACUGUAAUGAAUAUGGCAGAAAACUUCCUCUUUGCAAGUCAUCAUCUGAGAAAGUUUAGGGCA